AUGGCCGGGAGAUCCGCACCCACCUUGCCUCCGCUCAACAACCGCACACCCACUCCGCAUCCCAAUCCACUAGCUCCGGCCUCGCCCCCUCACCCGCGUGUUCCCCUCACCCGCCUCGUUCGCCCCUACCGCACCAUCAACGUGCCUCCCCGCCUCCCUUGUCCUCCCCAUGCCCGCCACUCCCUUGUCCUCCAGCACAUAAUGGAGGGAGCAGCAGCUGUGGAGACGGCGGCAGCGGCCAACGGAAAGACGUGCUGCCACACCGCCAAGGGGCCCGGGUACGCCACGCCGCUGGAGGCCAUGGAGAAGGGCCCCAGGGAGAAGCUCGUCUAUGUCACCUGCGUCUACAACGGUGCGUGCUUCCUCUGCCUCACCAUGCCUGUAGGACUUGGGUUACACAUGAAUUAUGCAGGCACCGGAAUUAACAAACUGGAUUACCUUGCGACGGUGGAUUUGGAUCCCAGCUCUCCUACAUACUCCCAGGUGAUCCACAGGCUCCCGGUCAUCCACAUCGGCGACAAGCUGCAUCACUCGGGCUGGAACUCCUGCAGCUCCUGCCACGGCGACCCAUCGGCCAAGCGCCGCUUCCUGAUCCUGCCUUCGUUGCUGUCAGGCCGUGUGUAUGUCGUCGACACAGCGACAGACCCAAGGACGCCAUCCUUGCAUAAGGUGGUUGAGUCCGAGGACAUUGCUGAGAAUAUUGGGCUUGGGUUCCCUCACACGUCUCAUUGCCUUGCGUCUGGCGACAUUAUGAUUUCUUGCCUUGGGGACAAGGAGGGGAAUGCAGCUGGCAAUGGCUUCCUGCUGUUGGAUUCAGAGUUUAAUGUCAAAGGACGGUAAGUUCUUACCGUUUAGGCCCAUCAGUGU